AACCGUGAAAUAUUGAAAUUAAGACAGCUGCGCGUCUGCUAUGCAGGGGGACUGAGCGAAGUCUCUUACAAGCCGAAGCAUGUCCGUCCUCUCUCGAAGCACCAGGUCCCUGGGACUUCUCUCCAGAGUAGCCACAUAUUCCAGAACCUCAUUCCAGGAGCCUCAGACCGUUGGCGUGGCGACCACGUGGUCGCAAUGGGAAGGGUGCGGGCAGCAUAGGCGGCACUUAGCGACGGAGCAGGGAGGAAGCAGCUACAGACAGCCCGCUCCCUCCAAUUCCAUGUACGGCGGACGCCAUACGGUUACCCUGAUCCCUGGAGACGGAAUUGGGCCCGAACUAGCCGCCUGCGUCAAGGAGGUCUUCAGGGUGGCGAACUGCCCGGUUCACUUUGAAGAAAUCAACGUUAGCGGCCUCAUAUCGGACACAGCAGCCAUUGACGAUGCAGUGAAGAGUAUUAGGAGAAAUGGAGUGGGUCUGAAGGGAAUCUUGAAGACCAAACUAGACGACGUCGACCACCACUCUCUCAAUGUUACUCUCAGGGUUGGCCUGAAGCUGUUUGCUAAUGUGGUCCUCUGCAAGAGCGUUCCUGGAAUCAAUACCAGACACAAGGAGGUGGAUAUCGUAGUCAUCAGGGAGAACACUGAGGGAGAGUACAGUGGACUCGAACACGAGAGUGUCCCGGGUGUGGUGGAAGGGUUAAAGAUCAUCACGAGCGAGAAAUCUCGUGGCAUCGCAAAGUACGCCUUUGACUACGCCACUCGCCACGGGAGGAAGAAAGUCACAGCCAUUCACAAGGCCAACAUAAUGAAGCUGUCAGACGGUCUGUUUCUGAGAGAGUGUACGUCGGUGGCUGAGGGCUAUCCCAGCAUAGAGUUUAACUCCAUGAUCAUUGACAACUGCUGCAUGCAGUUGGUGUCCAGACCCCAGCAGUUCGACGUCAUGGUGAUGCCCAAUCUCUACGGCAACAUCGUCGGGAACAUUGGGGCGGGGCUGGUGGGCGGAGCCGGGAUUUGCCCCGGGAGGAACGUGGGGAGGGAGUACGUCGUGUUUGAGCAGGGGGCGAGGCACGUGGGGCUGGACCUGGCCUUCCAGAACGUGGCCAAUCCGACUGCCAUGCUCCUCAGCUCUGUACAGAUGCUCAGACACCUCGGGAAUCAGUCGCAUGCCGAUAGGAUCGAGAGUGCCAUAUACAAAACUGUCAGCCAGCCCAAGAACCACACAAGGGACCUGGGAGGGACUGCGUCUACGUCAGCCUACCUCUCCUCCCUCCUCUCCUACCUCAAGAACGACUGAAGAAAACCCCAUCGCAACCGAAAACCCCCAAAAAAAAACACAAACUCUCUCUUCGCCUUGUUCACUAUCAUUAUUUUAGCCAAACAUUCACUCCUUCGUGUGUGUGUGUGUGUUUGUGUGUUUGUGUAACACAACUCUCUAUCUGUUCCACCUCAGUGCUAGUAUUCAGUACUAUCCUUACAUUCUAGCAGUGUUUGUGUACCUUUAUAGCCUCACCCUAGUGCUGUAUAGUAUCAUUUUAGCAACAUUCACUUCAUGAUGUUUACUGAUGAUAGUGGUGAUGUAACGUCUCAUAAUA